AUGCUUGCCUUCAAACGCGCGAGCAAGCGCCCUGAUGAGUGCUUUUUUUUUCCCAUUAAAUGGCCAAAGUUAAUUGUCGAGACUGGCAAAGCAGAGUCAACUGCCAGAGUCGAACUCGACGCGAAAUGGUGGUUAAAGGUGAGCUCGGACGUCAAUUUUGUCAUCCUGUUGGACAUUAAUGUUUCUCAGAAGCAAAUCACCCUCCAAAAGCGGGAAAAUGUUCCGUCGGCAUCUCAAAAAGUGACAGCUCAGGUUGUCCAAGUCAUCGGUCAUGAUUCUGUGACCCUCAAAGAACAAGAAAAUAUUCAAGAAGUCGCGGCAUACAGCGACGCGAUGAAAUCAGCAACCCUGACACGGGCUGGCGAAUGGCCCGUGUAUGGUAACGAGUCUGGACUAGAGAUAAUGAGGACACUGGCAGACUUGCGAAUGCAGGUCGCAAAGUUGAAUACAAGAACUGAGCUGCAGUCCUUAAGGAUCGACGAACAGUCCUUAAGGAUCGACGAUCUGGCGCGCAACUGCACCAGAUACCUGGACGUGAGACGACGAACUCUUGAUGUCUACCGAAGGGACAUCCUAAAGUGUGCAACCACUGCAACGAAAAGAAGGACCAGACACGGUAAUCAAACCGUUCAUGGAGGUGAUGCCGUCGCCGACGCGGAUCUGUAUAUCACACGCAACAGGAGAGAUAAUGAUGUAUUCGAGAAAUUGUAUGGCUUAGAGGUCAGCAAGGUAUCUGAGUUUGGUAAGUCUGGCUCUUUUACAAGAACUUCAAUUAUUGCUAAUCAACUUAGUUAA